AGAAGAAGUAGAAGACGCUUCGCAGCGGAAAUGGCGGGUGUUUUGACAGAAAACCGGGCUGCUCACCGUGUUUAUGAGUCUCUGCAGGCUCUGUCCUGUCCCUUGGUGCAAGAUCUGUACCUGCAGGAAGACGAGAGCAUGCUGGAGCUGCUGUGCCGCCCCUCAGUGCUCCGCACCGACAUCCUGGCAUGGAUCUGCUGCAGAAUCAACCCAAAAUUUGGAACAUCUAAAGGAAUGCCAGAGGAAUCCAAAGAUCCCGACGGUUUAGAGAAAAAAAUGGCUGUGAUUGGCCAGGAGCUGAUGCUGUGCAAGGCGGACGACCUGGAUCUAAUCAAGGGUACAGCCAGUCCUCAGCGACAGCUUCAGUUCCUGCAGCAACUUCUUUCCUUUGUUCCCGGUGUUAAGACGUCUGCUGGUAGCAGCACCGAUGCAGAGGUGCUUCUAAGUCAGAUUUUUGCUGCGGAGAACACGCCUCACCUCAGACAAAUGCUGCAGCCAGCGCUGGACCCCUGGCCGCCACACAUCGAAGCUUUGCAUGAAGGCCACGAUUCUGCUCAUAAGCCAGGAGAAGAGCUUCCAGAUGUGUCCGACCUUCUGCAGUCCAGGCAGACAGAACUGGAACAGCUGCAGUCCAAGUGCGACUUCCUGGACAGCGACGAGCAGAAUGGGAGCGCCUUCUCGCCGAGCUCGCUGCGGUUAGCAGCAGGCGACCUCCAGCAGCAGAUGAUGACCUUCAGCCAUCUCUAUGAGACGGACCUGAGGCUGUACUGCAGCAGAGACCCGCCCAGCUUCAGCGCAGACGCGGCCGUCUUCCAGAGAGUACACCAGAAGCUGCUGGCCUGCAACACGGAGCUGGAAAUGCAGAGGGAAAUAAGCGAGGCCUCCGGGUCUGUGAGCGAGGACGUGAAACGUCUACAAACGCAGCCUCGCUACUGGAGCAGAGGGGAGAAGCACACGCUAACGGAUCAGCUGGAGGAAAUCAGCCAGCGACUGGGGAGCAUCGUCUCACAGCUUCACACCUGACUGAUCUUCAGUUCUAAGAUGAAGCUGCCUGCUGAACAACGCUGCAGGUUCUGGAAACCCUGAUCGAUAGCAGCCGCUCACUCUUCUACCAUAAGACAGCUGCAGAUUUCUAAAGUUAGACAUCGUAAUGCUACAAAGCAUAAAUGAUCCUGUAUCAUCACUGUCAGCUCAGCUUCCAGGUCUCACAGCUUUACAAACACCCUGAGGCACCCAUAAGUCUUAUAUGCUCCCUCCAUGAAGGCCAAACGCUCCUGCAACCCUAUAAUGACAAUUUCAUUUCUUUUACAAACUGUAAUCCAAAUGUUAUAGUUGAAAAGUUGGCAGAGUUUCACACUGAAGACGUCCUCCUCCUGCUGCUCUGUCACGUUUUCAGCUGAUAACUCUCUAGGAGUCAGAUGAUCGCUGACAAAGAUGAGUGUUUAGCAUUUUAUCUGGAGAUGAAGACCGGUGGUGGUGGUGGGGGG